CAUAGUUGCUGCAGCACUCAUAGUUGGCAGCACAGAAGGCAGUACAAAGAGUACAACUGGAGGCACUUGCAGUUGCAACAGUUUCCUUAGAGGCUGUGGCAUGCUCAGUGAGCUGCAGGGGCACUCUGACGCAGUCAGCUACUAUGUGGAGAAGUAGGAAUUCCAGCAGGCUUUAACGAACAGAUGUAGGCUACUAGCUGAGAGGUGUAACAGCAUAGCUCAGGCUGGCUGAAAACCAGUACUCAUGCUGCUGUGUAAACAAAACAAGGUCUUAGGAUCAAGAUGGCCGACCUGGAAGUCUACUUGUAGCUCGUAAUACUUAUGCAAAUGAGCUGCAUGUCAGUGGCUUACUCAGAGAAGGAAGCUCAUUUUGCACGUGCCAUCUUCUCACCAGGGCUAAGAUGGAUAGCACAGAGGAACCUCAGAAAAAAGUCUUUAAAGCACGAAAAACCAUGAGAGUGAGUGAUCGGCAACAACUUGAAGCUGUCUAUAAGGUUAAAGAGGAGCUGUUGAAGACAACUGAAGUGAAACUGGUAAAUGGAAAACAUGAGAAUGGAGACUCUGAUAUAAAUUCCCCUUUAAGCAAUACAGAUUGUACAGAAGUCAAGAAAGAAAUUAAUGGUGUGGUUGACUUGUGUGUUAACUCUGAAGAAGGAACAACAGCUUGUGAUGAAAUUAGUGAGACCAAAAGCCCUGAAAGCAGGGCAGGAAACAUGGCCAAUGACAUAGAAUCCAAACCUCCAGUGCUGUCUUCAGAAAAUGUUACACCUGAACAAGCUAAAGAUACUGACGUUGCAGUAAAAUGUGAGGCUGAAAAUGGAGUUGGUAGCAGUAAAGAUAACUUCCAUGAAGAAAAUAAUAAAAAAGAUCAUUUGGACCAAAGAAAGAAUGAUAUCCCAUUGGAAGGUGAAAGUAAACCAGUCUGUGAUAUUAGUGACUCUUCUGAAGAGAAGGGAGAAACAAAUUAUUUACCUGUUAAUUCAAGUUCAUCUGGUGAGGAAAAGAGGACUGAAGAAGUAACUGCUGAAGAGGUUGUUGGAGAAGUAGCCAUCUCUAGCAGUAUGGAAGCUGACCAGGAAAAACAAGAAGGCAGUGCAGGACCUGCAGAAACCACUGUUUCGAAGACAAUAGAUGAGCCAAGUGAAAGUAUCUUAGACAAUACGGACUCUAUGGAAACAGAUGACAUUAUUCCAAUUCUGGAAAAACUAGCCCCUGCUGAAGAUGAUCUGAGCUGUUUUUCUAAAAGUUCUCUGCUUCCAGUGGAUGACACAGUCGCAGAUUUAGAAGAGAAAAUAGACAAUUGUUUGGGUUCACCAUCCAAGCAGGAAAGCAAUGAAAGCCUGCCAAAAGAGGCUUUCUUAGUACUGUCUGAUGAAGACGAUCCCUGUGAUGAGAAAGAGGAACUUGUUGAAGGGAUAUUGCCAAACAAGUCAAGUCUUCCAGAAGAGGUGGAGGGGGAGAGAAAAAAGGAAUGUGAAGAUAAAGAGGAAGAAGAGGCUCACAAAGAAGAGGAGAUACAAAUAGAGAAAAAUGAAGCAUCAAAGAGAAAGCGUUCCAAAUCUGAGGACAUGGACAAUGUUCGUUCUAAACAUCGUCGGUACAUGGGAGAAGAUUAUGAAGCAGAACUCCAAGUCAAAAUUACUGCCAGAAAGGAUGUUGACCUAAAAUUACAAAAGAUUAUCCAGAGACUGUUAGAAGAAAAACUUACCACUUUACAGUGUGCGGUAUUUGACAAGACUCUGGCAGACUUGAAAACCCGAAUGGAGAAAGUAGAAUGCAACAAAAGGCAUAAAAGUGUGCUUACUGAAAUGCAGGCUAAAAUUGCAAGAUUGACAAAGCGGGUUGGAGCAGCCAAGGAGGACUUGAAGAAGAGACAGGAAAAUGUGGCAAAUGCACCUGUAUCUCCAGCGAAAGCAGCACCCGACCCUGCAAAUGUAAACAAUGCCACGUGCCGAAAUGCUGGCACAGUAAGGCAGAUGCUGGAGUCAAAGAGGAAUGUAGGAGAGAGCACACCAGCAACUUUUCAAGCCCCUGCGAAUCCAGUGCCUGCUUCCAGUCUUGCUGCUUCUCCAGCAGUUGUCAGUGGACUUCCUAAGCUUCAGACUCCAGUGUCCUCCACCAGCUCUUUGACAACAGCAGUGCUUCCCACAGCUAACACGGCUACAGUUGUAGGCACUAACACAGUGCCCACUGGCAGCACUCAGUCAGUGUCUGUCUCAUUGCAGUCUUUGCCUGUAAUCCUGCAUGUACCUGUGGCAGUGUCAUCCCAGACUCAGCUUCUGCAAGGCCACACAGGGACUUUGGUCUCUAACCAGCCCUCAGGCAACGUUGAAUUCAUAUCUGUACAAAACUCAUCUACAGUUGGUAGCCUUACCAAAACGACAGUGUCUUUGGCAUCAACUAACACAACUAAACCAAAUAACAUCCCACUUGUGCCCAGUCCUGGUAUUCUAAGGAACUCUGCAGCCAGUGCUGGGUCUAUAGGCACAACGUUGGCAGUACAGGCUGUUCCUACUUCACAUCCUGUUGCCCAGACCACAAGGACUUCUUUGCCUGCAGUGGGUACUCCAGGACUUUAUAAUGCGACUGCCAGUCGAGCGCCCCUACAGAUGAAGCUUCCUCUCUCUGCAUUUAAUAGUACAGCUCCUACUGAACCACCCCCCCUUGCAGCACCCAAGAUUGAAAACCAGACAAGCAGGCCACCAACAGAUACUUCGUCAAACAAGCGACCUGCUGAGGGAACAACACAGCUCUCAGAUCAUAAAGUAGUUCGCUGUGUGCCGAAUACCCGUGGCAUAUUUGAUGGUACAGCUUUGAUCAAUUGUUUCAAAAAGCAGUUGAAACAGGAAGAGACUCCAUCAGAAAAUAAAGAAGCAGUAGAAGCAGCACAGAUGAAUUUUAACUUCCCUGAGGAUGUUCUCUUUGGCUUGGAGGAAGAGGAAGAGGAUGCUAAGAGCAUCAAAAACACCCACAAGCAGACUGGCUGGGCAGCUAACCUAUUAAAACAGUGGCUGGCCAAAAAUGGCAAGGAUCCUAGCUUUGAAUUGGUCCCAGUAAGUGAACUCAAUGAUAUCUUGAGAGAGUUUUAUUACACAAUAAGAAAUCACGAUGGAAAUACCUACAGUGUGGCAAGCUACAAGUCAAUGCGUGCCGGCUUAAACCGGCAUCUCAAAAUGCCGCCUUACAAUCGUCAGAUUUGCUUAAUGAAGGACAAAGAGUUUGCCAGUGCAAACAUGGUGUUUGUGAGCGUGCUGAAGAUGCUGCGCAUGCAGGGGAAGGAUGAGACUCACCACCAUCCUCCUAUAGCUGCCGAGGACUUGCGUAAGAUUAAGCAAUCUGGUGUGCUGGGUUUGCACAGUCCCCUGGCACUCGUCAACAAGGUGUGGUUUGAUUUGCAGUUGCAUUUUGCCAAGCGAGGGAGGGAAAUUCUGAGAGAUCUGGCUCCAGAUGCAUUUGUGGUUAAGAUGGACAAGAAUGGGCGUCGAUACGCUAUGUUUAGAUACCCUGGCAAAGGCAAAAAUGGAGAAGAUCCUCAUAAAAUGGGUAAAAUGUAUGAUAUGCCUGGGGACCCAAACUGUCCUGUAUUUUCCUUGGAACUUUAUUUGUCCAAGUUGCCUCCAGAGCCCCCUGCCUUUUACCUGCACCCUCUAAAGCUAACGUCAGAGCAAAUGCAAGAACAGCCUGUCUGGUACAAAAGAGAACCAAUGGGUGUGAACUACCUGGGUACCAUGAUGCCCAGGAUAAGUGUGGCAGCCAGGCUCUCUCAGCGGUACACCAAUCAUUCUCUCCGAACUACCACCAUCCAGCUACUGUGUGAAGCAGGACUGGGGCCUAGGGAAAUAAUGGCAGUGACAGGCCAUCGCUCCGAGUCUGCUAUUAGGCACUACUGGGGAUCUGCAGAGGUUCGCUACAGGGCCUGGUCAGAUAUAAUGGAAAACAAUGCCCCCAGUUGUCGAUACAGCAAGAUCCCAAAUGAAGUGAGAAAAGAAUCCGUAUCUGGUGCAUCCACCUCCUCUGUGAAACGUACUGUUCUAGAACAAAACAAAAGUUUAUUCCCUACAAAAUCUCUGGUGCCACCUGGCACUAACUCUGUGGCUUUAGUCCCUGAGGGACGCCCAGCUCUGAAUUACAAAAGCCCAGUCCUGUUGAACCGCAGUUCAUCCAAGGUGUUUCUCCCCAAGAGCGUGACCAGUGGGAACCUACCUGCUGGUCCUCUUCAAGGCUGUUGUAGCAAACCUGUCUUUAUAAAGCGUGUGAUAAAACAAGAACCUAUGACUUGAUGCUUCUGUAAUAGAACUGAUUUCAGAUGAAUUGCUAAAAUGGAAAAAUUAUCAGAUUUGGUUUUUUAUAUAGUCUAUGAAGGAAAUUCCUUAUGGUCUAAUUCAGCAAGAGGUAUCUUGUUUGCAUUCAAGAUGUCAGCUAUGGAGCAGAAAUUUAAACUGUGGAGGGCUUGGAGUUUGUGUUACUUUUUGUGGCAGCUGGGACUCUUCCAAGUGGCGGAGCAGAGUUAUUUAAAAAACAUUAAAGGGAGAUAUUGAUUUCCACUUAGCUGAAGAUAUGCUUUCUUCACUAAGAGUGUGGUUUUUAUAUUUUGUGAAGAGUGUUAUAUAUCAUACCAUUUUGUGACUGCUGGCACUAAUGUAGCAUCUUACAAAUCAAAUACUUGAUUACUGAAGAGCACCAAGAAAAUAGAAGCUGAAUGAAAUAGAUACAGAUGCUCUACAAAUAUAUACAUACGCAUGAAAACACCUGGAAUUGCUUAACCACUGUCACCCUCUGUUCAGAUUCUUAUCAGACCUACCAGAGGACUGUGCCUUUGUUUCCUUUUUUUUUUUAAACCUUCUUCUAAAUUGAUUUUCUCUGUGAGCUGCAGAUUUGCAUUGGAGGUCUUUCCUAUUUAAUAUUCUUGGCUUAAGAUUCCAGUCAUUCUGUUCUCCAAAGGCAUUAUUGAUAUGUGUAGUAUUAAAAUUGGGAUCUCUUUGGUUGUGCAUGAAACGGGGAAAACAUUCUCAAAAGAGCUGAAAACGAUUUCUUGCUUAAAUGCGAGGUAAUUAGUGUUUGUGUUGUCUCUGUGCCUAACUUGUGAGAGGGUCUUUUUUUUUGUAUUUCCUCUCACCAACCCCCUUCGUUGUCACAUCAUCUUUGCACUCUAGUCUUUGCCAGUAUAUAUAAUUCACAAGAAGUACACGUUGUUCUUCCUCACUGAACCCUGUCCAAAUAUUUUUGGUUUUAACUUCUUCAGGUCGGUAAACUGGUCCUGUCAUUGUCUUUUCUGUAGAUUUUCACAGGUUUCUCAGCAUAGUGGAUGUGAAUAAUUUUCAUCAUAGAUUCUGACGAGAGAUCUUCCAGUAAAUAAAAAUAGAAAACUGGUUAUAGAAUUACAGGUUAUGGUUGGUCCACUUUGGAAGAAGAAACAGCAUAACAUUUAAAACUGCUUUCCAUAUAUUAACAAUGAAAUAAAAAUUGUUUUUUCCUUUUCAAAUGCGGGUACACAGAGGCACUUCACAUGGUUUAUCAUACUAAGGACUUCACUUGAAAUGUUGAUGUUGCUCAACAAUGGACAAAAUAGGGAAAAGUCGCAGCUGAAAUGACAAAUUGACCGUGGUAAACUCUUAAUUCUGUAGAGAACUUCCUUGCUGAGAUAGGCUUUCAAAUUUUGAAUGAGAUUUAUCACUCUGUUAUAGUGUAUAGUCAUUAUAGACACUGUUAUAGUCUGUGCAGAGGACUUGAUGCCUGAAUGUUGGAGUUUAUAUCUUGGCUGAUAGUAUUUACUUUUGUGACCUUGUGUCAAUUAUUCAUACUUACUGCAUCAAUUUUCCAAAGUGUAAGACCAACACAGUGCUCCAUUUUCUAAUGGAUUGUGAUAACAGUUAAAAGGUUUUAAAAGUUCUUUAGUGAUCUUAAACUCAUCUAUGGUUGAGAUAGUUGAUCAGAUGUAAUUGUAAAUACAGAAAUUACUUCUACACUGUUCUGCUUCCUUAGUAGGACUGUUAAUUCAUGACAUAAAUGAUUAGAGGAAAGAAAGCAUGGGUCCUUUUGUCAAGCCUAAAGUAAAUCAAUUAGAGAUGGUCAAGAAAGUGAUCCUUUCUAAUGGCAAGAAGAAAAAGUGAAAAAACAAAUGGCAAACAGUUCUCAAAAUAUAGGAGAACUGUGUAGUAACUUCUUCAAGGUUAUUUUAGGGUAACACAGAUUUCGAAAUUUUAGAGAUUCAUGGAAUUAAUAACUCGGCAAAACUGGCAAAAUUAAUCUCUAAAUUGAAUCUAAACUUCCACCAGGAUGGGUAUGUAUUACUGUCCUCUCCCAGAAAAAAGUUACCAUCUUUGUCUCGGGUAGUUGCUUCUUCCAGUAUAUUGGCACUGAACAUUUAUCCUCCAGGAACAAGAAAAGUAGGUUGCCAGAUGAUUCUGUGGAUUCUGUGUUCCCUCUUGCCCCAUACUCUGGUCAUACUGACCACAUACCCUGCUCUGGUUCUUACUGCAUCUGGGUGACUUAGUGCAACAGCAAAUUGCUGAUGGCUUCAUUCUCCAACACAAAUCUAGUUGGUGACUAAAAUAGAAAAAGGGACUCUAGGCCAGUCUUGGCAUGUCUCUCAUUCUUGUUGAUUAUAGUUUGGCUUCUGACGUGACUUCUGUUCUGUUGGCUUAUAAUUGGGUAUUUUUGGAUUCUCAUUUGUUAAAUUCUAGUUCUAUUGGCACCAAUUGUACAGUGUCCUCUUACUACCUUCUGGGGUUUUGUAUGGGAGAAUUUUUUUAUUUUUUGUUUUUUAGUAAGAAAGUAUUCCUUAUAUGGACUGGAAGUAUUAUUGCUUCACAAGACCUGGCAUCAUUAUUUACUAAGCUUUCUGGUAACCUUUGAUUUCUAAUUAGUAGAACAUCUUUUUAACUUUCCAGAACUGAAAAAAUCUUUCUCCUCUUUCCCCUCCCACCUAAAGUGUUAAAUCUUUCCUACAUGUAUUUUAUUUCUAGAAAAAAUGAACCAAAUGCAUAUUUUGCAGCUUUUGUGAAGUCAGUUUUGGCUGUGAGUACAGGGAGCAGGGAGUCAAGUUUCAAGUCAGUGCUCCUCAUGGCAGUGCAGGUUAUGCUGUGUGAACAUAAUAAAUUCUAUCAAAAUGGACAUUAUUGUACUCCUCAGUUGCAGUAUCAGCAGAGAACCUCAGAAUAGCAGGGUAAUAAGUUUUGGGUCUUUUCCCAUUAUUUCUCUGCUAUAAGUGAACCUCUUUGGUGAACCAACAGGUUAAAUAUAGUUUGUUGUCUAAAUUUAGAUUUAUACUUCGGCUGCAAAUUUAAUGCAAAAUCGCCAGUCAUCAUUUAAAAUUAAUUUUAAAAAUCCAAAUAUAAGAAAUAUUCUUUGGAAGAAGUUUAUCGUCUGUGUUUCUUGAGUUUUCUAAUUAGAUCUUCUCCUAAAAUAAGAUAGUUUCAUUUCAGUUGCAAAAAAAUCUCUAAAAAGCAAAACCAACCAAAAACCCCCAACCAAAAAAAUCCCAACAAACAAAUAAAAAAACCACCAAAAACCCAAACAACAACAACAAACCCCCAGCGCUUAGUCUAAGUCAACUACAUUAAUAGUGACUGCUAUGUUAUUGAUUAAAUUCCAUUUUCUUUGAUGGAGAUGACCUUGAAAACAGUGAAGAGUAACUGGUUCCUUACCUAAUGCUUGAAUAAAUUUAGUUUUGCAUCUCAUAGUCAUAAUUCAGCUUUGGUAGUAGUGUUGUGAAUACAGGACUUGUUUUCCCUGUGCAUUCCUGUGAAGUUUGGAAAUCUCAGCUGUUACUUAAGGGGUACUCCAAUUACUUCUUGUUUAUAUGAAGUUGGCAUGGUAUCUUAAAGUAUGUUAAAUUUUCUUUGCUUAUAUGCACCUUCUCUGUACCAUGUGAAGUGCUCCACUGUGCAGUGUCGAAUACCUGAAGGCAUUGAAAGGAUGCUUUGAAAUGGAAUUUGUUCUUGGGUUUGUUGUGGUUUUAGUCUAGUACCUCUGGUUAUCCUGAACUGAACUGCUUUUCAGUAGUUGCUAAAGUUUUCCGUAUGCAGCUUGGAUGUAUGAUUUUGCUGUGUUACUGUUUCCUUCUUUUCAGCCUUUCUCUCUGCUUCUUGCUCCAAAAGGAGUGGCUGCAGGGAUGUGGAAGGGGAUGUCUUACUACUUGUAUUAGUCUUUCAUCUUCAGCUUUUUCCUGUGUACACAGAAAUUUAAGGGUUGUUAUUUGGUCCCAGUCAUUUUAUCUAUGGCCAUUCCAGUGCCUUGGGUCCUUGAGUUGCAUUUCUGAAGACAUGACAAGCACUUUUACUGUAUUGGGACAAAUGUUGUUGUUAUAGAGGCAGAGGCAUUUUUAAUUAUAUAGCAAAUAUUUAGAAUGGUUUAAAAGUAUUUUAGUACAAAUCCCGGUUAUAGAUACAGGAUUUAUAUAUAUUAUAUAUAAUAUAUAAAUAUAGCUAUGGUAUACUGAGAGAAUCUAUGAAAGCAGUUUUAUUACACUGUAACUUAAAGUAACAGUGAGCAAAUCUUAACAGGGUGAAAAUGUCUGGCAUAAGUCAAUCUUCAAGAAUUGUUUGCAUUAUAUUUAUUAAAACACCAGGUCAGGUGAAGAGUCUUUUUUUCCUGUUCCUACUUCAUGUGCAAUUUAUUUUCUUAAGGAGUAAACCUGUUUUUUAGUCUAAAUUUCAUCUGUGCAUUUCACUUUACAGCUGCUAUUAAUUUAUUAAAUAAAAGUCCACAAGUGUCCUACCCAUUUCCCAUUGUUUCUGACACACCUUGAUUUCUUUGGUUGAGCUACAGUUUAAUUUAAGCUAUCUUGCUGACUAUUGGAAAUUCAUUUCGUAAAACAUUAAUAAAGUAUAUUUAUAACUCCUAUCACAUUACUCUGCAAUGUCUAACAAACUUUAUGAGUGUCUCUUAGGAAAUAAUGUGAACAAAGUUGAUAUGUCAGCGUACAGUUUAUAAGCAGCUGUUAAUUCUAUGUUGUUGAAGCGUUAUUGAUGAAUAUGUUACCUUGCAUUUCAUGGUUUUAUCACUCAAAAUAAACAUAUACAGUUAUAGAUGUCAAA